AUGCAAUCUCAUUCUUUAUACGCCACGAACAGUAGAAAUCUCAAUCGGUUCGACUCUUUUGUUCGUGUCUCUUCCAGUUUGCGCGUCCCAGCAUCGUGCGUCUCAUUUGAUUGCCGAGGCAUCACUAGCUGCUCUUGCUUUGCGAUCAAUCGAAAGUUAUUUGAAUCAAGGGUUUGUGGGUAUGGUUUUCGCGUGCGAGAUGGAGGUCUUCGUGUUCAUGCCGUGGACGAUGAUUCAUUCUCGUUCGAUGACAACUGGGGGGAAAACGGUGGACCGGUUGAAUAUAUGUAUUCAUCGAGUGAUGGUGAAAGCAGUGAUGAGGAAACUAUUCUUCAGCCGAUAACUGAUGUCGAUUUGCCAAUCUCAAAGGAACGUUUUUUGCCAGCCGAUGACUACAUAACAGUAGCCGCACACCGUUUUGCAACACUCGGCAGAACACGGACAAAAAGAAAGACUCUCUAUGGAAUCCUGAACAAUCUUGGAUUAAUAUCAUUCUCGAUAUUCCUUCUUUUACUCGUGGACCAGUGUGCAUGGAGGAUUGUGAGGUUGCCUCUAGCGCCUUUUUAUUUGAUGCGUCCCUUUAUGAUAUCAAUGAUUUCAGUUUCUUGUGUGGGAUACAUUUGCGUCCCGUUGUUCCAUAUGUUGAAGAUAAGGUCUAUGGUUAGAAAACAGGGGCACAUUCGGCACCCUUCAAAGAAAGGGACCCCAACUAUGGGAGGACUUUAUUUCGUGCCUACUGGCCUAGUAGUCGCACAAUUUGUACUAAGUUUUUCUUCCAUUGAAGUUUCUGGAGUGGCAAUAGCAACUAUAGCAUUUGCUGCGAUUGGUUUAUUGGAUGAUUACUUGAGAAUCAAGAAUAUAAAAGAUGGUCUGUGUGCUUGGGUGAGAGUUUCGUUGGAGGUAGCUGUUGGGAUGUGUUUCUGCUAUUGGCUGUACAGAACGGACGUGUCAACACCCUACGGCAUGAAAAUGGUUGUCCCCUUGCCUGCGCCUAUAGGCCUCGUUUGCCUAGGAAAAUUCUACCCAAUCUUGAGUGUACUCUGUUUUGUUUCCAUGGCAAAUGGUAUGAAUAUAACCAAUGGGCUUGAUGGAUUGGCUGCGGGCACUGGUGCAUUAGCAUUUCUUGGGAUGUCCAUUGUGGUUCUUCCAAUAUGUUCCGACCUUUCUAUAUUUGGAGCAUCAAUGGCUGGGGCAUGUGUGGGUUUUCUUUCCCAAAACCGAUACAAGGCGUCGAUAUUUAUGGGGGAAGCAGGAGCUUUGGCUUUAGGUGGGGCCCUUGCAGCCAUGGCCUCUUGCACGGGAAUGUUUUUGCCAUUGUUCAUUUCUUCUGGAAUAUUUCUCUUGGAAGCACUCUCGGUUAUCAUGCAGGCAUCCUUCUCCAAAACAACCAAAUACUUUCGGCCAAGGGGCUACAGGCUUUUCCGAGGGGCACCUUUACAUCACCAUCUAGAGUUAUGUGGAAUUAAAGAACCGACGAUUGUGGCUGUUUCGUAUGUUAUUGCAAGCGUGUUGAUUUUAUAUGGUGCAUAUGUGGGUCUUUCUUCAGCAUGA